AGGCGAAGUCAGUGUUGCUGUUGUAUACCUCCAGUGGGGAACCAAGAUGGCCGAAGGAUGACAAUAUACAGCUGUCAACUGGUGCGAACGAAUAACAUUUCAAAGGAAUUGGAGGGAAAAUGUCUCACGUGCAGUAUGUGGACGAGUUGGUAAAGGAGUACUUGCUCUUCAGGGGUUUUAGCCAGACCCUGAAGGCCUUCGAUAAUGAUCUGAAAGCGGAAAAGGAAAAAGGAUUUAGGGUAGACAAAAUAGUCGAUCAAUUAAUGCAACACAUAUACAACUAUGAUCUGACGUCGCUGAGAGAAUUAUGGGGGCACUUUGAUACUAGAAUGUUUUGCCGACUGGAGAGUCAUUUUACGCCUGCAAUCAGAAAGUUGGAGAACGCCGUGCUGAAAAUGUACUUGGUUAACGCGGCUGUGAAUGGCAAGCAAGACAAGAUACAGGAAUUCUUCACCAAAAUGACACCAGAGCUGCAGGGUCAGUCGGAAUGGAAGGAAUGGUUUGCUUUCGCCUUUGUCAAAAAUCCCGAAGACAAUCCAGUUUACUCGGUCCAUUUUAGCAGGCAGUGGCACGACACCAUGCUGGUAUCCCUACACAAUUUCCUAGCAACAAUCUUUCAAUGUAUGCCACAACCGACAUUACUCACGAUUGACGAAGAUACGAAUAAGUUAAAACGACUGCAAGAGGAGAACGAAACACUGAGGCAACGGUUGAGUGAUUCCGUUAAGAUAGAAAGCGUAUCGGAUGUGAAUCCGGGCCCGGCACCUCAGCAUCCCCCCAUCAUGGAUGAUUUUUACAUUAUUGCUCAAGAGUCGCCGUUACUGGAAAAUCCAAAGACACUGAGGAAUCUCAUAAGAAAUAUUGGCGGUGGGUCCAGUCCGAUCCUAAGCAGAAAGCCUGCAACAAAUGUAAAGAAAAAUGCGGAAUCUGAGAUGGUCUCGACCAAACGGACGAACACGAAGGGACGGGUGAAUUCGAUUAGCAAAUCCGAGGCAGUCGCCAAGAGGAGCAUCAGCUGUGAUUCAAGAUUAAAUAGUUCUAGGAAAAGAGACUCCUCUAUCGACACCGCUAUCGACAGGAAAACUAAGGAAAAAAUAGAUUCUAGUUAUAUUCUCUUAAGUCAGGAGGAGUAUACAGAGCAUAAAACCUCCAUAAUUCAGUGCAAGAGUAACGCGAGCGGCUCGUACGUCGCGACGGGCGACGCCGACGGUGUCAUCAAAGUGUGGACACCGAUUCCUUCACCAAAGACUGUUACUACGUUCACUUCCGCCACGGCGAAUUCGAACAAAGCUAUCACCUCGCUGGACUGGAUCUCGAAGAACGAACGCUAUUUCCUGCACGGCGACAAUAACGGUUUAAUCCAGCUGCACGACACGCGAGACUGCAAAACGCUCUGGGAUAUCCAGCACGAGAAUUCGCGGAUCGUCACUUUGAUCUGCAAUCCAACGGAAUCGACGUUCGUCUGCUCCGUGUCGGACGGCAACGAGGGCAAGCUGCUGCUGUACGAUAUAAAGACGCGGAAGCUCGAGAGAACGUUGCCGCUGGAGCAGAACGUCACCGCUUUAUGCUCCGCGUUCAAUCACAACGGCCAAUUACUUAUCACGGGAUUGUCCAAUGGCAAUAUACUGAUACACGAUCUGAGGCGAAACGAGAUAAUAGACAAUCUCAACUGCCACUCUAGCCCGAUAAUCGACAUAGAGUUAAUUAACGAUUUUACGAAUAUUUGCGCGCAGAGCGAGGACGGCAAGCUGUGCCAGAGGAGCCUGAAUCACUUCGGGAAGAUCUUGUGGGAGACCAAGAUUAAGAUCGAGAAGAACCCCGUUCACGGAAAGUUGUUUACCUUCGAUCAGAGCGGCAAUUAUAUGUUACUCUGCACGCAAACUGGAGGAAAUAUAUAUAAGAUGCCACCAGGCGCGCAGGGAAAGAUACUAGAGCUAGGCGGACAUAAGGGUACCCUAUGCUGCGACUGGUCGACUGCCAAUCAAUCGGGAACUUGCAUAACCGGGGGUGCAGAAGGAAAAGCACGAGUGUCAACGCUACUCUCACCAUGAUAUAGAAACAAAAUUAGCAUAUGUGUAAAUUCGUAAGGCAAAAAUAGCUACUGAUGAUAUUAGUCGAAGUAAGACGAAAACAGUUACUGAUGAUAUUAGUCGAGGAUCUUGUAGAUAUUAUUUUAUUCACUGUGUUAAGCGACUGUAGAAUAAGUGCAUUUUAAGACAUUAUACUGUAUCGCCAAACCAUUGGUGAUUUGUGUAAAAAAGAUUCGAAUAUUUUAUGAAAAGUACAAUAUAUCACUCUGGCAGUAAUUACAAAUAGUAAUAUAAUAACCGUCUUUUAUCUUUUGAAAAUCAGGGACUACCAAAUGUAAAAUGUACAGAGAAUAUUGUAUUAUUUUAAAAGGAGGAUCAUAAUAUCUCUACAAUUAUUGUACGUGAUAAUUUUACUCGUUUUUUAAUAAAAAGAAAACGAUAAAAAAAAAGAACAAUAGGUCUCGUGUGUAAAAUUCUUAAUUUAGGAAAAUUAAUAAAAACAUAUGUACAAGAGAAAAUGUCAAUAAAUAAGAGUCAAUUUUAGCGUUGCACAUGUUGUGUAUCAUAUCCUGACUCUGUGUAAAUAAAUAAUUUCGACUGAUAAA